AACUUAUUAUUAUGUUGAACUUCAUCAUGAAAAAAUCUCAAUCCAAAAAGAAUAAUAAUAGUUGGAGGAUGUAGUUGCCUAUGGAAAAUGGCAAAAAUAGCACAAAACAAUUAGUUAUCUGAAAAAGUGCUUUCAUCCCAUUUACAUAUGACCACUACUAUAGUUUACCCUCCCAAAAAAAAAAACUAUCCUUUAUUAUGUAGAUGACGAUUUAAUAAGGUCUGGCAAAGAAAAACGAAAAAAAAAAGAAAAAGGGUAUAGAGUUGGCCUACAAGAUGCCUUUAUUUUGACAAUCUCUGAAUUAGUUAAAACAGAUUGCUUAAAACUAAAAUUUUAUAAUUAUAAUUAUGAUUAUAUAUAACAUAUUUGUUUGUACAUGGAAUUUUGGAUUCAUUAUAAAAUGCAGGAAGGUAGAAAGUUGCUGCUGCAGCUAGCAAUUAUUGAUUACUGGAAUUAAAAUGGCUACUUCUUUAACAACUUCCAUUCUCGUAGUCAUUCUGUUCUGUAUUUCAGCAACUGCAGCGACAAGAUCAAAGCUGUAUUCCAUCACUGCUCAGGAUGGCACCUCUGUACCACCCUCCAGUCCUAAUGAUGGUGGUAUCUGCAAGUCUAUGGCAGCAACACAAGGCUACAUUUGCCAAGAACAUAAAGUAACAACACAGGAUGGUUAUAUCCUUAGCAUGCAAAGAAUGCCUGCUGAUCGGUCUGGUAAGCCAGCAGAAAAGCCACCAGUUUUGCUGCAACAUGGGUUAAUGUCGGAUGGUUCGACAUGGCUGUUCAACUCUCCAAAUGAAUCUCUGGCUUUCAUAUUGGCAGACAAUGGCUAUGAUGUGUGGAUCAGCAACACCCGUGGGACUAGACAUAGCCAAGGACACACCUCACUUAGUCCUAAUGAUCCGGCAUAUUGGAAUUGGUCAUGGGAUGAAUUAGCUGCUUACGAUCUUCCUGCUACUUUUAACUAUGUGCAUGAGCAGACAGGGCAGAAACUUUACUAUGUUGGGCAUUCCUUGGGAACUUUGAUUGCUUUGGCUUCCUUUUCACAAGAAAACUUGUUAAACAUGUUAAGAGCAGCUGCUUUGCUUAGCCCAAUUGCAUAUCUUAAUCAGAUCCCAUCCCCUCUCACCAGAGUUGCUGCUGAUUUAUUUUUAGCUGAGGAAUUGUAUUGGUUAGGCCUGCGCGAAUUCAUUCCAGGAGGACUGGCUGCUUCUAAGCUUCUUGAAGAUAUCUGCAAUAAGCCUGGGAUUAACUGCUCCAACUUAAUGGAUGCUUUCACUGGUCCAAACUGCUGCAUCAAUUCUUCAAGAACAAAUAGUUUCCUAGAUAAUGAACCUCAAGCAACUGCUACAAAAAAUAUGAUCCAUCUGGCCCAGAUGAUUAGAACGGGAAAUGUGGCAAUGUAUGAUUAUGGCAAUAAAGAUGACAACAUGAAGUACUACAAGCAGCCAACUCCUCCAGUGUACAACAUGACAAGCAUCCCCAAUGACCUUCCUCUCUUCCUUGGCUAUGGAGGGCAGGACACACUUUCUGAUGUAAGAGAUGUGCAAGUUCUGUUGGACAAGCUCAAAGACCAUGAUGGGGACAAGUUGGUGCUACUAUUCAGAGAGGAUUAUGCUCAUGCAGAUUUUGUUUUCGGUGUGAAUGCUCAUCAAGUUGUCUAUGAUCCUCUUAUAGCUUUCUUCAACCUCAACUGAAUCCUGAAACUCUGUUUGAGAACUGUGUCAGAAUCUGUAGCAUGACCACCACAUUGUCAUCUAGCAUAGAAUUGAGCAAUUCAAUCUCAGAAUAUAAAUUCCAUUUCCCACUAUAGCUAUUAGCUUCCCAUAAAAAUUUAUAUGUCUACUCUCCACCUUUCAACAA